GCUGUGCCGUCCUUCCCUCGGAGCGCAGAACAAAAACCUCAGCCAUUGGCCGGAGAGCACGCGAGAAAUCAGUUCGUCCGACGACAUGGCGACCGGAGCAGCGGGAGGAGGGAGUGACGAGCUCAAGCUGCUGGGGGCCUGGGUGAGCCCGUUCGUGCACCGGGUGCAGGUCGCGCUGCACCUCAAGGGGCUCACCGGCUACGAGUACGCCGAGGAGGACCUCACCAACAAGAGCGACCUCCUCCUCGCCUCCAACCCCGUCCACACCAAGGUCCCCGUGCUCCUCCACGCCGGCAAGCCCGUCUGCGAGUCCAUGCUCAUCGUGCAGUACCUCGACGAGGCCUUCCCCGGCUCCGGCCCCGCCCUCCUCCCCGCCGACCCCCACGACCGCGCCGUCGCGCGAUUCUGGGCCGCCUACGCCGACGACCAGUUCUUUGCGUCGUGGAUCAAGGCGUUCGUGGGGACGACGGACGAGGAGAGGGCGGCGGCGACGGAAGCCGCGGCGGCAGCGCUGCAGAAGAUGGAGGGCGCCUUCGGCGAGUGCUCCAAGGGCAAGCCCUUCUUCGGCGGCGACGGCCCGGGGUACGUGGACAUCGCGCUCGGCGGGUUCGUCGCGUGGAUGCGCGCGUUCCACGCGGUGGCCGGCGUGAACCUCCUGGACGCCGCCCGGACCCCGUUGCUGGCGGCCUGGGCGGACCGCUUUGCCGCGCUCGACGCCGCCAAGGAGGUCAUCCCGGACGUCGACCGCAUCGCCGAGUUCGCCAAGCACGGUCUGCUGCCGCUGCUCCAGAAACUGCAUAGUACGAAAAACUGACCAGUGAUACACACUAGUGAUCGGCGAGCCGACCAUUUAAGGCGGAUUCUACUGCUAACAGUAGGCCUCGAAUUGGUGGCGGUGCUGCUGCUCGAAAGAAGGAUGCACAGUGGAUCAGAAAAAAUUGCGGUGCUCAGCAAUCGUGGGUUAGGGCACAUGCGCUAUCUUCUUCAUGUGUGACAUUACAAAGAUAAUAAAAAUGCCUUUUCAAAUA